UAAAAGAUGUAUGAUUUGGAGAGCAGAGUGUCUCCUAAUGAGGGCUGCACCGGCUCGCUCCACACCCAUAAAAACCCUGGUUGGACGUCAAAGCGGAUUCGCUUCGGUGAUGCUGGGCUAAAGGGGCGCAGCGAGGACUGGCUCCCUCCCCGCCAGCCCAGCCGAGCCCAGCGCCGCGCCGGGCUCCGUCCCUCCGGAGCCGCCGGGAGGGAUGCGCCGGGCGGCGCCGGGGCCGGGGCCGGGGCCGGUUCCUCUCCGCCGCACGAUAAAGAAGCUCGUGGACCGUUUGCAGGGAUGUCGGUGAAGCAAGCGGGCUGCCUCCCCGCCUCUGCCCAGCGCAGGACCAGAGGCUGACUGGAAGCUGACAUGUUGCCCCCUCCAGCCCCUGCUCUGCUGUGCGAUGCCCAGCCCUGCCUGCCCUGCCUGCCCUGUCCCUAGCCUUGCUCUCCACCGGUGAUACACGCUGCUUUCCCUGGGCUGCAUUUCGAGCAUGCUGCAGAAAGCCAGCGCGCAGCCGAAGCCCGGAGGAGUUUUGCGGUGAGGCCAGUUGAUAAAAGCCAAAGAGUUGCCCCUUCCCCGCCCCUGCGUGGAUAAGCAUCUCGGACAGCAAAUUUCUCUAUGCUCAGUGGGUGUCAAGGUCCUGGUCUGCAGGCUCAAAGAGGCGGGGCUGCCAUGGAAGAGAAUGUGUUCAGCGUGCAGCAGAUACAGCCCAACGUCAUCUCAGUGAGGCUCUUCAAGCGCAAGGUGGGCGGCCUCGGCUUCCUGGUGAAGGAGCGCGUCAGCAAGCCGCCCGUCAUCAUCUCGGACUUGAUCCGGGGAGGGGCUGCGGAGCAGAGUGGCCUCAUCCAGGCUGGAGACAUCAUUUUAGCUGUCAAUGGCAGGCCCCUGGUGGACAUGAGCUAUGAGACCGCACUGGAGAUACUGAGAAGCAUCGCCUCCGAGACCUACGUGGUCCUCAUCCUGCGGGGCCCCGAGGGCUUCACCACUCACCUGGAGACCACUUUUGCAGGUGACGGGACGCCGAAAACCAUCCGUGUCACCAGACCCCUCUGCCCAACUCCGAAGGCAGUUGACUUGUCCAACCCAAGCUUGCACGGCAAAGAGCAGCCACUGCCAGCAGCCGACCACACCAUGGGCUCCCUGUGGACAAGAGAGAUCAGGCGGGAGGUGGAACCGAUGGUCCACGUUAACGGCGUCGUUACCGGCAGCAAAGGGCAGGACGCCGGGAAGGGGAAGGAGGGUGCUUGUGGUCACCCUUGCCUCAAUGGCAGCGUGGAAGACAAUGAACUGCUCAAAGAAAUUGAGCCUGUCCUGGAUCUUCUGAAGAGCAGCAGUAAGGACAGCGAUGGAGAUGCACCCUCCAAGGUAGAGACAAGAGAUAUAGAAGUCCAGGUGGACUGUUUCAGGGAAGGGGAAAACAAACUGCAGAAAGCCUUACCGGCUCGGAUGGAGAACGACCGUGUCUUCGGUGACCUGUGGGGGAAGAGCAACGUGCCCGUGGUCCUGAACAACCCCUACUCCGAAGCGGAGCAGCCACCGCCAUCUGGGCGGCAGUCCCCAACUAAGAACACAGUUAAUGGAAGUCCUUCCAAAUGCCCACGGUUUGUCAAAAUCAAGAACUGGGAGACAGGCUCCGUGCUUCAUGACACUCUGCACCUCAAGACGGCGAUGGCCACCGCAUGCACUGAGCAGAUCUGCAUGGGCUCAGUAAUGACUCCUAGCCAGCAUGUCCGCAAGUCGGAAGAUACCAGGACAAAAGAGGAGGUGCUCCUCUUGGCUAAGGACUUCAUUGACCAGUACUACUCCUCCAUAAAGAGAUCUGGCUCCAAGGCCCACAUGGAAAGGCUGGAGGAAGUGACCAAGGAGAUUGAAGCCACUGAUACCUACCAGCUGCGGGACACAGAGCUGAUCUAUGGAGCCAAGCAUGCCUGGAGAAAUGCAGCCCGCUGUGUGGGCAGGAUUCAGUGGUCCAAGCUGCAGGUGUUUGAUGCCCGGGACUGCACCACAGCCCAUGGGAUGUUCAACUAUAUCUGCAACCACAUCAAAUAUGCCACCAACAAAGGGAACCUCAGAUCUGCUAUCACCAUCUUCCCGCAGCGGACGGACAGCAAGCACGACUUCCGCAUCUGGAACGCCCAGCUCAUCCGCUACGCGGGCUACAAGCAGCCCGACGGCACCGUCCUGGGAGACCCCGCGAACGUGGAGCUGACGGAGAUCUGCAUUCAGCAAGGAUGGAAGGCGCCGCACGGGCGCUUCGACAUCCUGCCCCUGCUUCUUCAAGCCAAUGGCAACGAUCCAGAGCUCUUUGAAAUCCCCCCGGAGCUUGUGCUGGAAGUGCCCAUCCGGCAUCCCAAGUUUGAAUGGUUUAAGGACCUGGGCCUGAAGUGGUAUGGUUUGCCAGCAGUUUCCAACAUGCUCCUCGAGAUUGGUGGCUUGGAGUUUUCCGCCUGCCCCUUCAGUGGCUGGUACAUGGGCACAGAGAUUGGGGUCCGGGACUACUGUGACAACUCUCGCUACAACAUACUGGAGCAAGUGGCCAAGAAAAUGAAUCUGGAUAUGAGGAAAACCUCCUCGCUGUGGAAGGACCAGGCCCUGGUAGAGAUCAACAUUGCUGUGCUGUACAGCUUCCAGAGUGACAAGGUGACCAUUGUGGAUCACCACUCAGCCACUGAGUCCUUUAUCAAGCACAUGGAGAACGAGUACCGAUGCCGUGGAGGUUGUCCUGCUGACUGGGUGUGGAUUGUCCCACCAAUGUCUGGCAGCAUCACCCCAGUCUUCCAUCAGGAAAUGCUCAACUACCGUCUCACACCCUCCUUUGAGUACCAGCCGGACCCCUGGAACACCCACAUCUGGAAAGGGGUCAAUGGGACACCCACCAAGAAGAGGGCCAUUGGCUUUAAGAAGUUAGCCAAAGCUGUGAAGUUCUCAGCCAAGCUGAUGGGACAGGCCAUGGCCAAGAGGGUCAAAGCAACCAUCCUGUACGCCACUGAAACAGGAAAGUCGCAGGUCUAUGCAAAAACUCUGUGUGAAAUCUUCAAGCACGCUUUUGAUGCUAAGGUGAUGUCCAUGGACGAGUAUGACAUUGUACACCUAGAGCAUGAAACCAUGGUGCUGGUGGUCACAAGCACCUUUGGCAAUGGAGACCCGCCUGAGAACGGAGAGAAAUUUGGCUGCGCAUUAAUGGAGAUGAAGAAUCCCAACUCCAACCUGGAGGAGAGGAAGAGCUACAAGGUCCGUUUCAACAGUGUCUCCUCUUACUCGGAUGCACGGAAAUCCUCAAGCGACGGCCCUGACUCCAGGGACAACUUUGAAAGCACGGGGCCCCUGGCUAAUGUCAGGUUCUCCGUCUUUGGGCUGGGCUCACGUGCUUACCCCCAUUUCUGCGCCUUUGCCCGGGCAGUGGACACCCUCCUGGAGGAGCUGGGUGGAGAGAGGAUCCUCCGCAUGGGAGAAGGGGAUGAGCUCUGUGGCCAAGAGGAGUCCUUCAGGACCUGGGCCAAGAAGGUCUUCAAGGCAGCGUGUGACGUGUUCUGCGUGGGGGACGACGUCAACAUCGAGAAAGCAAACAACUCCCUCAUCAGCAAUGACCGGAGCUGGAAGAGGAGCAAGUUUCGCCUGACCUACGUGGCUGAGGCCCCGGAGCUCACACAAGGACUGUACAGCAUCCACAAAAAACGCGUCUACGCAGCCCGGCUUAUCACACGCCAGAAUCUGCAGAGCCCAAAGUCCAGCCGCCUGACGAUUUUCCUGCGCCUCCACACCGACGGACACCAGGAACUGCAGUACCUGCCUGGGGACCACUUGGGUGUGUUUCCAGGGAACCACGAAGACUUGGUCAAUGCCCUGAUCGACAGGCUUGAAGAUGCCCCUCCAGCCAACCAGCUGGUGAAGGUGGAGCUCCUGGAGGAGAGGAACACAGCUCUAGGUGUCAUCAGUAACUGGACAGACGAGAACCGUGUCCCACCAUGCACCAUCUUCCAGGCUUUUAAGUACUAUUUGGACAUCACCACCCCUCCCACACCCCUGUUGCUGCAGCAGUUUGCUUUGUUGGCCACCAGUGACAAGGAGAAGAAACGUCUGCAGGUCCUUAGCAAGGGCUUGCAGGAGUACGAGGAAUGGAAGUGGUUCAAAAAUCCCACCAUUGUGGAGGUGCUGGAGGAGUUCCCCUCAGUGCAGAUGCCCUCCACGCUGCUGCUCACACAGCUCCCCCUCCUCCAACCACGCUACUACUCCAUCAGUUCCUCCCCAGAGAUGUACCCAGGCGAGGUCCACCUCACCGUGGCAGUGGUCUCCUACCGCACAAGAGAUGGCGAAGGACCAAUCCACCAUGGAGUCUGCUCCUCUUGGCUCAGUCGGAUACAGACCGAUGAAGUAGUGCCCUGUUUCGUAAGAGGUGCGCCCGGGUUCCACCUGCCCCAGGAUCCCCAGGUGCCCUGCAUCCUCAUCGGCCCCGGCACCGGCAUCGCCCCUUUCCGGAGCUUCUGGCAGCAGCGGCUUUUUGAAAUCCAGCACAAAGGUCUGAAGCCUUGUCCUAUGGUCCUGGUGUUUGGCUGCCGGCAGUCCAGGAUCGACCACAUUUACAAAGAGGAGACGCUCUUUGCCAAAACCCAAGGUGUCUUCAGAGAGCUGUACACAGCCUACUCCCGGGAACCGGACAAACCAAAGAAAUACGUGCAGGACGUGUUACAGGAGCAGCUGGCCCAAACCGUGUUCAAAGCACUGAAGGAGCAGGGAGGCCACGUCUAUGUCUGCGGGGAUGUCACCAUGGCCGGGGACGUCCUCAAGACCAUCCAGCGCAUCGUGAGGCAGCAGGGCCAGCUGUCGGUGGAGGAGGCAGGCGCCUUCCUCAGCAAGCUGCGGGAUGACAGCCGGUACCAUGAGGAUAUUUUUGGAGUCACCCUGCGUACGUACGAAGUGACUAACCGCCUUAGAUCCGAGUCUAUUGCAUUCAUUGAGGAGAGCAAAAAGGAUACGGAUGAGGUUUUCUCCUCCUAACCGGACCCUUCACCCCACGGGGAUGCCAAACCAGUCCCAGCACCUGCUGCCCCCUCCAGCCGGAGGGCACUGGGUUUUGUAUUUCACGGACACGGUGGCUCCUUUUCCACGGGGAACUGCCCAUGGAAAGCGCUCUGCCUCUCGUCCUGUUGUUGUGUCCUGAUGAUGAUAAUGAUGAUGAUUUUUAUUUCCUUUUCUUUCUCUUUCUCCUGCUCUUGUCCUGUGGCCAUUUCUUUUCACCCCCUUUCCUUUCCCUGGAUUUCCCCACUGAAGUAUGAUGGCUUUAUAACCUGCAGUGGCUCUUAACAGAACUUCACACAUCUCCCUCUUCUCAUGAGGGCAUUUUGCAGCUGCAUGAAAUCACCACCUUUGUGAUCAUCUGCAUUUUUGGUGUUUUGGGGGACAGCAGAGCUGGCAGGGGACUGGGCAAUGGCUAGGUCUUGUCACUUGACCAGGGCUGGGGGUUGUUCCCCCAGGCUCGCCCUUUCCCCAGCUUGGGGCUUGGCUGAAUCCUUGCAUUUUCAUGGCUUUCCUUUGGACUUGUACAGACCUGGGCAUAUGCCCGAGGCUGGGGGCAGUUGAUGUGCACUGCCCUCAUGCCUAUGAACUUUGUUCAUCCCCAAGCAGCCUUGGUACAAAUGUGUCUGUUUUGAUCUGAAGGGUGAAAUGUCUCUGAUUCAUGUGUCAUGAUUACUCCUAAAUUGACUCUGCACUGUAUUUGCCUCCCUCUCUGCUCCCUGUUCCCCAUGAGCCUCUCCUUUUGCUCAAUCCCCACUUUUGCCGGCAUGAAAGUCCUCCCACAGAGGAGCAAGCACCUAACACACAAGCCAAUGUGUAUGCUAGGGAAAAACUCAUGGCAAUGACUGCUGCUUGGCCAGGCUGUCCUCCGGAGGGCUUUACAGGAGAUCUGCAGCCAUGAAUCUGGUGGGACAGACUGAGGGACUGGCUGCGUUGCAGAGCUUUGCAUGCUGUGAACGUGUGAACCCUCUCCCGGGUGAGACUGGAAAGCCACGUGGAUGGGAGAGAAGCGGCUCCAGCCCCAGCUGCAAGAGGCACCUCCUGGUAACAAAGCCUCUUUGGAAGACAGCACUUGGAGGGUUACGGAGGCUCCUGGUCCUUGGCGAGGAUGUGCUGACUGAGGACUCUUGAAAGCCCGGUGAGCAUCAGCUCCACCUUAGUGCAGACUCAUGAGCAGUCCUGGGACAGCUGACCCCAGCCACUUCCACACCUUUGGGAGCAGAAAGUGCCAGCACGGAGCGAUCUGCCUGCCAAGAGAAAUACAUGUGGUGUCUUGGUGGCAAGCCAGUCCCCUCUGUAGGCUCUGCGCUACCUGCCAGCAGCACGAGCUGUCUCUGCCGGGACAUCUCAUGCGAGAAGGGACGUGAGAUCGGCUGCAAAGAUGCUGCGGGAUUCUGGGCUCUGACACGCUCACACCUCAGCCCUGCUGCAAAAAUCCGGCCCCAAAAGCAAUUUGUUAACACGAUCUCAGAAAGGUAUCAGUCCUUUUAACAGAGAAAAGCUGUCUGCAAGGUAAAGCAUACGUGACCUUGUGUGUCCUUCCUCCUUCUCCCUUCCUCACCCUGAAGAAGGUUUGUCCUCCCUCACUGCCAGGACGAGGGCAGCAGGGCAUGGCUGCAGCUCUUGCUGGAGGCAGGGAUGCAGGGUUGACGUUUUGAGCUGGUAGAUGCUGAUCCUUUCCUCCUGCCCCUCCUCUGCUGAACAGUGCACUGAUGCUUGUAUGGAGCAAAGCACCUGUGCCAGCGACAGCAGAGGAUUUGUCCAGGAGCUGUUUUCAGAGAGCUAACAUUAACUGCCCUAAGCCAAAGGUGGAACAAAAAGAGCUGCAGGAGGUUUGCUGCUCUCCCAGUCCAUGGUACAAGCUUUGCUGGUUCCCCUUGGCCCCAGGCUGUGCAGUUAUCUCCACCCUCAGCCAGGAGCUCCUGCCCUUUCCCGCUGCUUGGCUGGCCACGUCCCCACGUGCUGUGACCAUCUUCUGCAGCUUUGACUCCCUGAAGCAGCUCCAGCUCCAAAUCCAGGAGCAAAAGGCCUCAGAGGCACUGGGAGAAUUUGAGAUCCAGGUCUCAGGUUUGCUGGUCCCCAGCAGAGCAUCUAGCGUGGCGUAAAAUGCGAAUGAAUGCUGCCACGGUGUGGCCAGAGCUCAGCUUGCUGGGCUGGCAGAGCGGCCAGUGCAGGGCUGGGAAUCGGGUGCAAGGCUGGGUUUGUGUCACUGCCUGGGGACUUUGUGACCUGGAGGUGAAAGCAGGAGAGGACAGGAAAAAGGGCAGCCCAUGGUCCACCUCUGUGGGUUGUGCCCUAAUCCCAAGGCAGGCAGCGGGAUGGGGGAGCUGGGUCCCUUUGCUGCUGUGAUGUGUGAAUUUGGGCAAAGAUCCUGUCUGUGGAGAACAACUCCCUGGCCCUAGAGCUGUGACCAGACAACAGUCCUGGCCCUAACUCCCAAUCCUACGGCUGCAGAAAUAGAGCUAAAGUUAAAAAAAAAAAAUCAAACUCCCCUUCUUUUGGGAAAUUUGAUUCUGCCUCUAGACUUUGUGCUCUGGUCCUCUGUUUAGCAGAAGGAGUGAUGCAACCUGAAGAGGAAGUAGUGCCCAGAGAAAUGCCCUUGUCUUCGUCCUCUUUCCAGCUCAUCCUGUGUUGCUGGCAUUUAGUUUUCUCCUGUCCUGCCUUCUGCCUGUAUUGCUAUAACAUCUCCCAUCUGGAAGACAUAUUGCUGCUGGAGCCUGUGUCUGAGCUGAAUUGGCUGGCUUUUCCUGCACCCCAAAACUUGCUGCCUCCAUCUCCCCCUUCCACCUGAGCCGCCAGUGAAAACAGCGGGCAAGCGCAGCCAAGAAGGGAACGGGGUGCGUGCCUUGCCUUCGGUGGGAUCUCCAAAGGGGUCUGUGCCAGGCAGACAGCCAAAGCCAUUUCAAAUUCAACAGGCAUCGGGCAGGUGAGUCCUUCAGAGCCCUUUGGAAGGGAAAUGCUGGUUUAAGGCCUGCCUCCCUGCCUGCCCCUGGAGAAGAAACACCCUCCCUGCCGUGAAGGUCCACAAAGCUAAUACGUCCCCCAGGGCUCUGAGCUGCCUCUCUGCUCCCUCUGCCUGAGUAGGACCGUUUGCUCCUCACAAGCUGCACCACUGGGAAUUUUGAUUCACUGUUUUUUUGUUGAGUCAGCCUCAGGCUUCUUAACUUCUCCAUCCUCCUUACCUGCAGGGACUUCGCGCUCCCCUCAAGCUUAAUUUUCUCCCGCAGUGAAGGGGAAAUAAACUUGUGGAUCUGCGUUAUCAUUCCACAAAUGUGGUUCUUCCACCAGUUGUCUAGACUCUGCUCAUCUCAGUGUGACAUUUCUGACGCGUGGGUGUAGCCGCAGUAUCUCCAGCAUGCAUAAACGGCAGCGAGCGAGGCCAUGAGCUGCCCAGGGGUGUUAUCCACGGAGGGGUUGUGCCUCUUGGGCACUCGGUUCACAAAUCUGUCACCUCUGGGUGCCUGCUGCCCAUCCAGGAUCCUGCACAGCCCCACAUGGCUCCUGCGGCGAGGGCUACUGGACCUGAUGGGACACCCAGCCGGAUCCGGUGUCCCCAUCCCUCUCCUGGCAGAUGUCCACCACCACCACUGCCUGAUUUGAGCAUCUCUGCUCUUUUUCGCUCCCCAGGUAUUAAAAAUAAAGAGGCUCUUCUCUAAACAGAAGAUUUGAGUUUCGAGACACCAUGAAGUGAGGGGUUUUGCAAAGGUCUUUCAAAUGUCCACAGAAAGCUAUUAUGUGAACUUGAAAACUCAUGGGAAACAGUCCUCUGUUUUCGCAACCUACUGUGCCUGCUAGCAGCAAAAAAUAAGUUGUUCGUUCAGUGCAAGGUUAUCUACUGCCUGUGUUGCUGAUGACUUCAAAGGUUUCAUCUCCCCAGAAGGACUGCCUGAGAGUUUGUUGUUCUUCUAUUUAUGAGAGACAGCGGGAAAAUAAUGAGACUUCUGUCAUCAGGAGUAGACUUGCAAAGAUGACACCUCCACAAUCGUUGCUGGGUACUGACUGAGCUCGUUGCACUAGAGGAAUUGAGCCAGUCACAUCCGUACUGGCCAGAGAAAUGGGGUUUGAGUUUGGGCUGUCCACUGUCCCUGUCCCCGUUCCUGUGCCUACACGUCCCCAGGGAUGAGCAGGGGCCUCUGUUCACACAGUGUGAGCCGAUGUGUCCAUGAACGACCGGCAAACUUGCAGUUGCAUCCUGAGCAAAGACGAUUGCACCUAUGCGGAAGAGGAAAUGAGAAGAGGCAGGAGCUGCAUGAACCUGUGUCCAGUCUAACUACGAUUGCUCCGUCAGUUCCUUUACUGUUAAUAUGCGACGCCUCUCGCCCCAUCCUGGGCUGGGGGGUUACCACUUCCCUCUGGAGAUCCCCCCUUCCUCCUUUUCAGCCCUGUCUGCCCAGCUGAAAGGUGCAGCAAGCUGCUCGGCACGGGAGGGUCCUGGGAACGGACUUACUGCCUUGUGCUGGGAAGAGACUAUUGCACCGGAGUUUCUCGUUCCUGUUCUCUCCAGGGAUGCUCCUAGCACACAGACACUGGGGGCUGAGGGGAACAGAUGAUUUCAUCUUACAAGUGAAAUUCUUGGUGGGCUAAUUCCCCCUGGGAUAACUGAGAGCAAGCGGACAGUCCUGCUCAGCCGUGCUCUGCAAUUAAUCUCCCAGGGAUGGGGUUUUAUGGGGGUGUGGAGGUGGUGCAAGGUUAGAGUGUGGGUACAGACUGGACACCACCUUCUGCAAGCACCAUGGGUCUGCGAACACCUACCACGCACUGGAGACCAUGUUUUUGUUAAGCUGGUGGCAGGGGUAGAGGAGGUGUUUGUGCUUGAAGCCUCAUGGACUUGGACCAAGCACAAGCCAAAGCUGCUGCCUCCCGACUUACGACCACUGAAGCCAUUACACUCCUCUGAUUUAUACUUGUGGGGAAGCUGCAGAGAGUUCCCAGUAUUUUUUGGAAGGAGAAUUUUAUGCUCAAAACUAAAUUUUGUUCCUGCUUUCACUGGGGACCAGUUCUCAGCUCCAGAAUUGCUCUGAUAACUUUGCAAUUGCUUUGAUAGUUCCAGAGGGGAGCAGUCCCUUUACAGAACAGAUGGAGACAUUUUCACUACCAUUCAACUUUGCUGUAACUCUGUCUUUCUUAUAAUAAUUUCUUCUGCUAUAACAGGAGGAGCAAAAUUUGGCCAGUGCUGAACGCUCUUGAAAACUGGAUUCCUGAACUUGGACAAAAUUCGUCUAGAAUCCGAGUCCUCCCAGAUACAAACUGCCUUCCACACCCAUCGGCUUCAGUGGCAUUGGGGAUUUCAGCAGCUUGCAAGAUCAGGCUUUCGCAGCAGCAGCAGCAGCAGCAGCAGCAGCAAUUUCAUGAUGGCAGUGUUUUUGCCUGUGUCAAUCUGCACUUGCACUUGCCUGCAAUGCAUGACUCUAGUAAUCCAUUUGAAAUCUACCCUCGACAGGGAGAUGUGAGCUCUAGCUUCUUCCAUAUGGCCGUGUGUAUUUAAUAGGACAUCAGGGGAGUGGGAGAAAGCUAAUGAGAUUGCUGCUUUAAAGCACUUGGUUCCAGAAAUAAACCAGACCUUACCAGAGGUCAGAAUAAUCUUGAUUUUAGCAUGGGUACAUGGGCAACUCAUGAAAUAUUUAAGCAUUGUAAUGCAGAUAGACCUUUUUCCUGUUGUGCCAGGAAUGAAGUAGACUAGAAACUCUUGGCCUCCACCCCUACAGAUGUUUGGCUGUGAUGGAAGUUUGAGCCAUCGAAAUCACAGGGAAAAAAAAAAAAAAAAAAAAAGAAAGAAAAAAAGCAGAUUGUGAGUUCAUAGCUGAACAGUCGCAGCUUGUUUAGCAGUGAGAGCACCUCACUGCGAGGGCUGCUGCUUUCCUGCCUUACUCAUUCAUGUACCUACCUGGCCAGAUUUCAGGGGAGGGAGGAGGGAGGAAGCACUUCAAAAGCAAGAAAAUCAAACCUAUGAGCCUUACCCGGAGAAUCCCUCGGUCGACAGGAGCCUGCAGGCCAAGGCUCUGAAGCUAUUCCUCACUGCCACGGCGGGGAAGUGGGCGAGAGCCUGGAGGUUUCUCCUGUAUCCGCGGGCCAAGGCGUGCAGGAGCUGCUCUGGGGCUGUGGGAAAGCGGGAGCGCGGAGCUGGGCUGCGGGCAGGCUGCUGCACGGCCUGGCUGCAGCGUUUGCACGCAGCGUGCUGUAGGGCUGGUUCAGAAAUCUGCUAGUGAGAGACACUACGCAAAGUAUUUGUCUUCUGGGGGCAUUCUUAAUACCUUAAAAAUUUAAAGACUCAAGAUCUAAAAGGGCAACUGAUUUGGGGCUGCUUUUUGUAGUUUUCGUGUGUUGGGUGGGGAAAGCAAACAAAAAGUAUAUCAAAUUGUUUUGGAUUAAAUCAAAUAUCUUGUUCCCACAAUAACUGCUAAUGGAGUUUUUAAAAUUUUCCAAGGGCAAAAAAACUGCCUUAAUAUGUAUCCAACUGCAUCAAGAGACUCCAAUGCUACUUGCUUCUGAGCCUGCUUUUUUCUUUUUCUCUUUGUGUGACUGUGGCAUGGAAUCACAUCUUAACAAAACACACUUUAAGUAUUCAACAGGAUGACCAGAAACAGAAGAUGGUGUUUCAGAACCUCCCUGUGCCCAGCACUGAAGUGAUGGCUUUGAAGCCAAUGAAAUUCAAUGCAGAAUUUCUGCUUUGCUAGAAUUCUACAAAAUAGGCAGAUGACCACAAUUCCCAAGGUUAAACAGGCUCUGCUGCCUUGAGAUGCCUUCAAAAAACCCUGGGAUCUGUAUGCGGAAAAGAGCUUGAGAACAGGCUCCCUGGCCUGCAGCAACAUCCCUGGCUCUUCUAGAGCGUACGCAAUUCCCCAGGCAGUAGAUGAACAGAGUAAGAUGACUUUCAGCCAGGACUCAUUGCUUUUUAGAUUGCAUGUAGUUAGAAGCAUGAGUUCUGCCAGACGCCCAGGGAAUUUGAUAUUCAGUGCCAAUUAAUUUUUGUAAUAGGAACAGGGAUUUAUUCCCUUGGUUCCAUUAGGCACCUUUGAAAAUGCAUAAGCCUCAAAGGUUGAUUUGGAUUUUUUUUUUUUUUCUGGUGGCCUUUUUCCUGAAGAGCAGUGGUGCCGAGAUGAGAAAGGAGACCAGUCUGUGAAGGGUAGCAGCUUUGGGGCAGGCGACUCCCAAACUUUCAAUUGCAGAGGUUUUCUAAACUCUUCAGAUGUGGGUAAAUUCUGCUCUGCUAGAUGGGACUCCAACCUCUCACUGCUCUCUGGUCCUCCUGCUCCUUCCUCCCUCCCCUCAGCACCUCCUCAUGUCACUGUGCCUUCAUUUGGUUUAUAAAGUGAUGCCAUGAUUUAAGACUGGCACAUUGUCUUUACUCUCACUUUGCAUCCCAUAAGACAGGUAUGUGUGUGUGUGGUGGGGGGGGUUAGCUUAUUUUGUAGCUUUUCGUGUGAUCCUAAGGUAGGUUUCUUCUGAGGUGUAAAGGGGUGGGGACAGUGGGAGCAGGGAUGAGCCGGUGUUGCAUUUGAUCAUACCAGUGCUUUAAGCGGUCAGAAACAUGGUUUUCCCCUACCUCUGAGCUCUCAAUGCUGCUAAAAUCUCUGCCAUUCGUACAAUGUACUCCAGCCCCCUCUCUCGGACUGACUCUGGCUCUGUUUGCAAGAUACCCACAUUGUUCUAAAGCAUGCACCUCUUUCUGUAUAGUUCCAAUCUUCUGAUUUUAUGGAAUACUUAUGCCUGUUUGCAUUACAGUCAAAAUAAAAAAGUGAACUAAAA